UAUCACUUUGUUAGUGAUGCGAUGCUAGUUCACCAGCUACUGGUACACCAGGACUUCGUCAACGAAUCAGCUUUCAAUGUAGUCAGCUUGGUCUACCCGAGACUCAACUUAUAUGGAACCGGGAUUCAGGCGGCAAAGCGGGGUGAAUGGCAGGACAUAACCAGUUUGUGUAUGCCGUUGGGUGAUAAGCAGAUGCAUACAAAGACGUAAAUUGGAGCUCUGGUUUCGAGUUUGUAUUUAAAGCACCAUUCCUUCUUGCAUACUGAAGUUCUAUCAUUAUUCUCGUUCUUUCUGUCAUAACAUCUCGCAAUUUAUUCCAGUAACCUUUCCCCUUAUCUUCCCGCCGUCAUGUCUGUCGAACAAAUUGCCACCUCGCUCCCGAUUAUGGGAGGAAAGGCACCAACACAGCAUCCUCUGGGCCCAUUAACUGUCUCAGAAAUAACUGAAAGUUCACGCUUGAUCAAAAGCCUCUGGCCAGAAGACACAGCGCUUCAGUUCAAAGGCAUAACUUUGCAAGAACCAAGAAAGGCGGAACUGUCUCUGUACUUGAAAGCCGAGCACAGUAGUGGCCAGUCGACCCCCACUAUCGACAGACGAAGUUUUGUUGUAUACUAUCUUCGCAACACUGUAAGUCCUGCGAGAUUAUCUUCGGAAUUCAUUGAAGGAUCAGCUUGCUAAACAUUCUCAAGGACAAACUUCACGAGGCAGUCAUAAAUCUAAGUGCAGGUAAAGUUGAGAGCAACUUGCGUUUGGGUCCGAAUGUGCACAGUAAUGCAGACGGAGAUGAGAUUGUCAAGGUCGAGCAAGCUGCGUUACAAGAUGAGGGAGUGAAGACCGCAAUUGCCAAGCUCCAAUUGCCAGAAGGCGCUGUAGUUAUCAGUGAUCCUUGGAUCUAUGGUAAAUUUUAACCUCACAUAUGGGACCAUCUUACUUGUUCUAUUACUGACAAAUGACAGGAUCUGAUGGCGUCAACGAGGGACUUUUUUCGGACGAGAAGAGGAUGUUUCAAUGCUUCCUUUAUCUUCGAGACCCAAACAACCCAUCGGAGGUGGACAGCAAUCAUUACGCCAUGCCACUCAGUAUCUCGCCAGUCGUCAGUGCUGAUACUUUAAAGGUUACACGAAUUGAUUACCUACCAACAGGGGCCGAUAACACCAUCAGCGAGCCAAAACCAUAUAAAGUUCAACCACCAAACGAAUACAUUCCUGAAGCUCAGAAUCUUCGAAAUGAUUUGAAGCCGCUCAAUGUCAUCCAGCCAGAAGGUGCCUCGUUCAAAGUUUCCAACUUUAGCGAGCAAGGGCGCACGGUUGAAUGGCAAAAAUGGGCAUUCAAGGUUGGUUUCAACCAACGUGAAGGAAUGGUCUUAUAUGAUGUGCAUUAUGCCGGCCGUCCUCUCUUUUAUAGACUUUCCCUUUCAGACAUGAGUAUCCCUUACGCUGAUCCUCGUCACCCAUACCAUAAGAAGGCAGCAUUUGAUCUUGGCGAUGCUGGAGCGGGUAUCAUGGCCAACAAUUUGCAGUUAGGUUGUGAUUGCCUCGGUUCUAUCCAUUACCUCUCAGCAGUACUCAGUGAUGAUAAGGGAGAUCCUCUACAUAUGCCCAAUGUGGUUUGCAUCCAUGAACAAGAUAACGGGAUCGCAUGGAAACACACAAACUAUCGUACAGGACGUGCGGCAAUCGCUCGAAACAGAGAAUUGGUUCUACAAUCCAUCAUCACUGUUUCUAACUACGAAUACAUUUUAGCCUUCAUUUUUAACCAGGCUGGAGAGGUUAUGUACGAAGUUCGAGCAACCGGUAUUCUCUCAACCCAACCAAUCGACGAAGGCAUUUCGGUCCCAUUCGGAACAGUGAUACAUCCGGGAGUUCUUGCUGCUCAUCAUCAACACAUCUUCUCCCUUCGUGUAGAUCCCAUGAUCGAUGGUCCUAUCAAUCGCGUGGUCUAUGACGAAGCGCACCCUAUGCCACGUUCCGACUUCAACCCCCACGGUGUAGGUUAUACAGUAAUUGAGACACCAAUCACUACAUCCGGAGGUUUCGAUCUCGAUUUCGAUACAAACAGAACUUUCAAGAUCCAAAACUCGUCUAUCAAGAAUCCCGUCAAUGGCAAACCAGUAGCCUAUAAAAUCCACGCCCCCCCUUUCCAGAAGAUUCUCGCAGAUAAGGAUAGUUUCCACCACAAACGAGCCGAAUUUGGUGAUCACAACAUUUACGUUACCUCCCAUCGUGAUGAUGAGCUCUAUUCGGGCGGCAAAUACACGAAUCAAUCACGUGGUGGAACAGGUGUGCGAAGUUGGGCUGCAAGGAAUGAUAAGGUUCUUGAUGAUGAUGUGGUUGUUUGGGUGCAAUUUGGUAUCAACCAUAUCCCACGCAUUGAAGACUUCCCAGUGAUGCCAGUGGAGAUUAUAAAGGUUUCUCUCAAGCCAGUAAAUUUCUUUGAUAAGAAUCCUGCUUCGGACGUUCCACCAAGCGUACAGAGUUUCAAUAAGAGUACACUUGCUAGUGUGGAACAUCAUCAAGAAGUUGGGGAGGCUGUGGUGGGGGAGAAUGGAAAGGUUUGUUGUAUUGAAAGUAAGUUGUGAGGUUGUGUCACUUAGCACAGAGCCUCCUCAUAGCUGGGAGUCAUGAUCGCAUCAAUUUCACUGAUUUACGGACAACCUUUGGUAUAGCAAAUUUUCUGCGCUUCUGAGCGUAUAGCAGAGUCUUUGUGUACAGUCAUGGUUAUUAGGAUCGUUUAGCUCUUGGCGCGCGCUCUGAUGUUGGUUUUUUCUUGGAUAUAUAACAGACAUGCUGGAUAUGUCUCUGAUUUACGAGGGGUAUCUGUGUAUUGGGUAAAUUCGUCGCUAGUACAAGCUCAAGGUUAUGCAGAAAUGACUCUCACUCUAUGCGCAUUAUUUUGAUGUUUGGACUCAGCUGGCUUGCGUUCUUAUUGACGAGGGGGUCCUUUUUAAGGGUAUGCUUUUCUUCCUCUUGAAUUAUGUGAUUGUGGUGUUCUGAAUGGGUUUAACCAGCAGAAGUCAUGUGUAUCAGAAGAGCGCCCAUGACUUUCGGAUUCACAAGUAGGUGGAUUGUCCUA